AUGUACGUAACACUCCUUAUAACUUUCUUGGUGAUUACUUUAACAAACGGAGAAAGUCGAUUGACAACAUCCCACUACAAAGCCGUUAACUUUGCCAGAGAAAUAAAAGGAGGACGGCUUUAUGGAAGUGUUAUCAAGGAAAUUGAAGUGGAUUCUGAGAGUUCUUGUCGACUACAUUGUGUGGAAGAAAGUUCAUGUCGGUCAUACAACUUUGGACCCGGUGAAAACAAGAAGAUGUUUAAAUGUCAACUAAGUGACUCCGAUCGCUUUGCUAGCUUCAAGAAUUUCACCGCAGACAACACAUUUCUCUACCGAGGAGUGAAGGUAAGAAAUUUUAGAUAUAACUUUUCUAAAAUGGAGCAGGUAAGCAUUAUAUUGCCUAUAGAAUAA